AUGAAUGAAUUUAAUGUUCAACCGUUUGACAUAUAUAAUAAACAAAAUACUAAUAUAUAUCAACAUUAUGAAGUAAAUAAUAUGGAAGAUAUUAAUAAGUGCCCAACUAAAGCUGAAUAUUACAACUGCUUAUCUGAAACAUCAAAUUGGUCAAGAAAAUUCAUAGAUGAUUUAGAUGACCGUAAAAAAAAAGUGGAUACAACGAUACCAUUUUAUCUAGAACAAGCACAAUUUCAACAUUCAAUAAAAUGUCAUUCAAAUGAAUCAAGAUUAUUAGACAAUAAUAAUCAUAAUGAUAAUUCAAAUUUUAUUGAUUUCAAUCCAAUAGAUUUACAGCCUGAUUCAACUGUUAUGGCACCGAUUACAAAUAAUGAUUUUGUCUAUAAGGAAGAAUGUAGGAGACCAAUGAAAAGACAUUUAAAAUCUCCAAUAUAUCAAAAGUCUAUUGAACAUGUUGGUAACAAUGAUGAUUCUGGUUUAAACGUUAACAAUAACAUAUCACCGUUAAAUAAUCAAUUAAUAAUCAGAAAUGAACAAAUUAAUAGUUUCGUGACUACUACAAAAAAGGUGGAAUUUUCAUCUAAAGAACCAACAACUUCUGCUACAUCAUUAACAACAACGUCAUCAACAUUAUCAUCGUCAUCUGUGGCAGUGGUUGUUAGUUCAACAAAUAAACGAUCUAGAUCAGCUUAUACAAAUUUACAAUUAAUUGAAUUAGAAAAAGAAUUUCAUUAUUCCAAUUAUUUAGGGCAGCCAAGACGAUUAGAAUUAGCUGAACAACUUGGUUUAACUGAACGUCAAAUUAAAAUUUGGUUUCAAAAUAGACGAAUGAAACAGAAAAAGGAAUCUAUUGAAAAAAGCAAAUAUGAUUUUUACCAUCCAUAUUCUGAAAAUUCUCACUUCUGGUAUCCUCAUCAUCCAAUGAAUAUUAAUCAGCAAGAACCAUACAAUUAUUAUCAAACAACACAAUUAAAAUCGACUACUUAUUCAAAUAAUUCACUAAACAACCUCCUAUCUACUCUGCCUUCUCCAGUUAAUAUACCAACUUUUAUUGAUUCAGCUAAUUAUAAUACUAUAAACAAUAUCAAUAAUUCAAUCGAUUUAGAGGUAUUUAAGAAUAGUAAUACUAAACAUCAAUUGAAUAAUCAUAAUACAAAACAAAUAAUGACGAAUAAUAGUCCUAUAAAAGACUGGUCACAUUCACUAACAUCUAAUGAAGAAUUAUUAGAUAAAAAAGAUUAUUCAAUGUUUAAAAACUCCGAUUUUCCACGUUAUAUUUCUUCAUGUAAUAAUUUGUCAUCUUUAUUAUCUUGUGAUCAUCGAUUUCCUGAAGAUAGUAUGGAUUAUUUUGUUGAUUCCAAUGGAACUGAUGUAAAUCAUAUGAACAGGUAUAUGAUAAAUGAAACUAAUCACAAACAAAUAUUAAAUAAUAAUAACACUAAUCAUUCUCACAGUGAAUUAUCCAAUCAAUUAAAAACUUAUUUUGAACCAACAAUAAUUAAUUGUCAACAUCAGAGAACAUCUCAUUCAACAGUAUAUCAGUAUUGCCAUCAUAAUUUGAAUCAUUGUUAA